GCGCGGGCUCGGGCGCCCCGGCAGCCUCUGAGUCGAUGGCCGGCAGGGACGCGGACGACGAGGGUCGCACGCGGAGGGGCGGCGCGGCGAGGCUUUCGGGGGCCCCCGGCGGACGGGGAGGCGAGGCAGCCGUCAGCCGCCCCGAGCCGCUGUCCACUGCUGAAGCGCCGGCCGAGGGCGCCGCGCUGCCCGCCUGGAUGCGCCUCUACUUCUACGGGAUGCACGGGAUCACCCUGGACGUGCUCCUGUCUGCGGCGCGGCGCUUCGUUCGCAGCCCCGACCUCCGGAUGCUGGGCUUCUCCUCGCCCUACCACUGCCUCCUGCACUCGCUCACCCACUUUGCCCUGGAGAAGGUCUACCUGCAGCAGCGGCGCUGCCCCAGCGCCUUCGUCUUCAAUUUCCUCCUCUACCCCUCGGCCCACGUGGGGCUGCAGACCCUGGCGGGCGCGUUGCUCAACCAGGGCGGCGGGCCGGGGGGCGCAGCGGCGCCGGGGGCGCUGGACCUGGCGCUGCAGUACGUGCUGGCACUCUACCACUGCCAAGUGUUCCUGAAGCGCUUCCUGCGCUUACGGUACCAGCCGCGGCAGCAGCAGCAGCAACAGCUGCUGCGGGGCGCGCCCCCCGCCCCUGCAGGCGCCCGGGUCCCUGCGGCAGCCGGCGGCCGGCGGCGGAGACCUCGCGGCCCCAAGGGCGCCGGGGGAGCCCCCAGCCAGGGGCUGCCGGACCUGCUCCGCUUUCUUUUCUUCGGAAUGCACGGCUUUUUGGAUGAGAUUUUCUUCACAUUCUUCUUUAACCUGCUGGGGCAGGGGGACGGGACAAGCAGCGGCCACACGUCUCUCUGGUCCUUCUUUAUGUACGGCAGCUGCAGUUUCGUGGUGGAAAAGCUCUACUUCCACCUCCACUACAGUCGGGGCUGGGGCACCUGGAAGCGAGUGCCCUUCUACGUGAUCUUCAUCUACGCGUGGGAGUUGUCCUGGGGUCUGGGACUCCGCACUUGGGGCGCCUGUUCCUGGGACUAUUCUCACUAUCCGCUCAAUUUCAUGGGCCUUAUCACCCUGAUGUAUUUACCUGGUUGGAUAUUCCUUAGUGUGUACCAGGACCUACUUUCCAACGUGUUGUGGCAGGUGCAGUACGUACCAACUAACUAAGACCAAAAAAAAAAAACAGUCACUGGAUUUCCAUGAAUGAAUGUGAUUUAUUUUUACACACUUAAAACGCGGUGAGGUUUUUUUCGUUUUGUUUUUGUUUUUUAGCCUUUUAAUUUUUAUACAUUUUACUAAACUUUUUCAACCUGUUUUAUUCGAUAUUUUAGUUUUUCUAUUUGGAAUUUCUGCAUAAUACUACAAUACUUUGAAAUAUUGCUGGAAACAUAACUCAAAGUACUUAACUCGUCAAUAUUUUAAAACCCUCACUAGCCCAAACAGCAAAACCAUCAUACCUUAACAUCGAAAAGCUGUAGUAUUCACUUAUUUGGGUGGGGGGAUAGCCACUGAUUUUUCUUUUUUCUUUUUUUUUUUUAAGUGAGGAAGUUCUUCAACUCAGAGACCAGUGAUUUUUACAAGAUUUGGUGAAAUUUUCUGAUUUAAUGAUUUGUUUACUUUCUUUUUAAUCCAAUGUCAUUUUAAUUCCUUGCCAUAUUUACCAAUGACUGCUGAAAACCAGUCUUGUACUCCUGAGACUACAGUUAAUAGCUCUUAAAGUGCCUCUGUCUAGCACACAAAUGAAAAGAGACUGACAAAUUUGAAAACAUAUGCUAUGGAUCAAUUUUUAGAUAAGAAAUCUUUUCUAGCAACUCAGACAGGUAACACUGUGUUAAGAUAUUUGAUCUCCAUCCUGGGAAUGAUUGCUUUCCUAUGUGGGUUAGCCUUAAACGCCAAGUGUGUUAACUUUAAUCAGAUCCUGUGUCAUCUUUGGCUGUAAAUUUUUGUCCCUGUGCAAUAAUGUAAAAUGUUUACUUUACGUGUACAAGGGCCAAGCAAAAUUAUACCACCCUCAGUAGGGUUCUAACCAUAAAGACUCUUUCCUACAUGGGGCUUCAAGAGUGAAACAGUUCCAUGGAAUAAAAUGAACCGGAAUAUUCACCUUAAUUACAUUAGCCCUAAUUGUUUUUGGAGAAUACAGAUAUGUGUUUUCAGCCUAUUUCUGCCAUGGCUCAGUUGUAAACAUUUUUCUGUUUCCUUUGGGGCCCAUACAGAUUUCUUGGGCCAAGUCCGAUGUAGUAAUGUGCAUUAUAAAUCAAUGAUAGCUUUUUGGUGACUCAUUAUUAAUGUCUGGAAGCUUGGAAGAAUGGAAGUUAAAAGAGAUGAUGUAAACCAUUUUAAGAAAUCAUAUCUAAUCAAUUAAUAAUGUACUUUAAAUUUAUUUGCUGUGUUUUCAUUAUAUUUAGAAAAGUCAAGUAGAACUGAGUAUGGCUCAUCCAAGGAUGACUAAUACCUUCUCAGUUUUCAUUACAAAGAAAAUUAGGAAAACUUAUGGUGUGCAUAAAGGAACAUAUAUUCCUAUUCAAAUUAUUAGUUUGCCUAUGCUAUAAAAAGGGACUUCUGUCUGUUUUCAAAAACAUGUUUGCUAUGACAGUAAAAAUGAACAUGCAUUUAGAUUUAAGUCAGGCAUAGCUCUAAGGAUGUUAGAUUAUUUUAAUCUACAGUCCGAGGUCAUGAGGUAAACCAUAAGUAAUGCUAUAGGAUAAACCCCACCUGUGAAAUAAAUCCUGUCACACUGAUAGUGUUAGCCAGUCAAAGGUUGAGUAGAAAGCUAAAGUAAGCUAAAUGUUUGCAGAGAGUAAAAGUAUCACUUUGUGAAAAAGGUUUCUGAAAACCUGGGGAGAGAAAAAGUAUAAGUAUAGACACUGAAGUUAGAUGCUGGACAAAAUAUUUGCGAUUCAAAUGUGUCACAUGUGCAUGAAUCAGAGUUGAGUGCGGCACCUCUCCACACCACACGUUCCUGUGAAGCCUUAAGCAAAUCCGUGGCUUCUGGAAUACUUGCUAAAUGUACGUAUUCACACUGCUGUCAUUCACGUGCUCCUCCUCAACCCUGCUUAAUCUGCUUACCAGCAUUCUUGGGGUCAGAAAUCCAUCAGGAAGUAGGAAAGCCUGCUAUUUUGUUUGUUUUGCUUUUCCUGUUAAUCCUAUUUAAAGGAAAGGUCAAGAUUUUUCAUUCAUUCAAGAAAUAGUUAUUGUGAACCUGCUGUUUGUCAGGCACUUGUCUGGACCCUGUGGAGACAGCAGUGACCCAACAUAGACAAAAUCUCUGUCCUGAUAUAGAGCUCACAGUCUAGUGUUUUGAUUUAUACGUGAUUAUACUUAUUUGCAAGGCUACUGUUUCAGUAAUAGGCAACGAGAGAGGCAGAUGUUGUAAGGGCUCUCAUCAGGCCUCUCCCUCAAUCCAUCCUCUCUAAAACAAAAGCCCAUUAACAGUCCCCCUGCUAGUUCUACAAAGAGCUCGUUCAUCUGUAUUCAGGAAGUGAUUAUCCUGUCUAUUAACUCAACACCUUGCUUUAGGGCUUCUCAUUCUGUGUUUACUCAACCUCUUAAAAGUAACAUUUUGCUGCAACUUUGAACGUUUAAAGAAAAAGCAGGGAAAGGAAAGAACCAUCAGGUCAAUCAACUUUGUUACUCAUUAGUAGUUCAGAUAUAGAAAUGAUAAGGCAAUAAAAUAAUAGUGAAGUAGUGCUUACCACCUGCCAAGAACUGUUCUAUUAUCGUAUAUGUAUAAUUGUAAGUGAAUAUAUGUACAUAGCCAUGUAUAUCCUAAAUGAAUAUAUUAUUUAUAUAUCUAUCUCAAGUAUAUAUGUAUUUAAUUUUAAGUAAUGUAUAUCUUAUGGUUCAUAUAUGAUAUAUAUUAAAGAUACAUACAUAUCAUAUAUGAUAUGUGUAUACCUUAAGUGUAUAUAUAUAUAUACACAUAUAUAUGUACACAAACACACACACAUAUUUACUUAAACCUCUAACAACUUUCCUUUUACAUGAGGACAAAGAAACUGAAGCCCAAAGAGGUUAAGUAACUAUCCAAGUCAUACAGCUAUUUAUCAAUAGAUAGAAUCCAAGUACACUGGACUCCAGUGUCUUCUUAACAGCAUGGCUGUCAUGCCUCUAUCUACUGACCACAGUGAUUUUGAAUCUUCUAUGGAUUUCACCUUACAAUCUGUAUUUCUCUUCUCUUGCGCUAUGACAAACGCAAGGGCAGCUGUAUAAAAGCUAGAUACUAGUAGCAAAGACUCUCUUUCAUGUUGCCUUUUUAUUCCGUGGAAAAUAACAAGGGCACUAAUACCAGGUUGCAUAACUGACAAUCAGCUUAGUUCUAAUCCCCUGGUGGGUGAUAGUCUAUAUUCAAGUGGUGCUCUGAAAUAGAGUUCUUCAUUUGAAGUCAGAUGAUCUUGAGUAUAAGAAUAAUAUAUUGAAAUGCAAGAUUCCUCAUAUCACAAGCUAGGAAAAUACAUAUAAUUAUUGCUAUACAUUUAAUAUAGCACUCAGAAUUGGCUUCACUGUAAGAGCUAAAUAGCCCAAAAAUUAAAAUUAAAUUUUUGCAGAUAUUUGUUGAGUUCAAUUAAACACCUCAGAGUCUAAGAAAGUGCUUAACAGAAAAACAUGAGAAAAAAAGUAAUAAAUAUGGUUUUCACUCCAUGUUUAACUUACACAGUGCUGAAAUUUCUUACUAGAAGUGCUUUAAAUUUUAAAUCAAUUCUAUUUGGGCUUUCAAUCUAAAGAGAAAUGUUAAGUUUUUUAUGUUAUCAAUGAAUAUAGACAUUCCUAUGCUAUACAAGGACUCCAACAAGGUUGAUAAUCCUUUCAAUAUUUCAUACAUUUCACUGUACUUAACUUUAAUAUUUUAUUAUAAAUAUUUGACAUUUUGUGUCAAACACAGCUUAGAAAAAUAUGACAUUCUUUGUUGUUUAAGAAACAUCUAAUUGAAAUAGUCUCUGUUGGCAUGAUAGACCUGGUUCUAUUCAAGAAGGAUGGUGAGGAAGAAUUUUGGUAGACUGCUUUGGUUCUCUCUCCACUUCCAAAAUACACAAAAUCAGUAUACUUGGAAAGGAAGUUAUACACAUGAUACAGACCUGGAGUGAUAAAUAAGUCAUUGUAUUGUAAUAUCUGAAGGCAUUUUAAUAAAAUCAAUGUUUGCUUAUAUUAAAAGGCAUUAAAAACCCUUUACCUUUUAAAUUAAUUUUAAAUAUACUAUCUCCAAUAUACUUUCCAACAGUGCUUAAUGGAACUAAUAUCCUUUACUGAGCGAGAGUUUGAAGAAGCACACUUCCUUCCCUCUAUCAAACACAUGCCUCAGUUUAU